UGUUUGCUGUGGCUGAGUUUUUGUAAAAAGCUCAAGGGGUGAAUUUUGCUGAUUGGAACAUUGCUGCAGGUGUCGGGUCACACUUUAAAAAUUUAGUUGCAGCUGUCAAACUUUUGUAAGGGAGCAGAGUGGUACGUUUCAGGUUAGUGUAAUUAUAGGAUCGCUAUGAGUUAAUUCCUAGAUGUGACUCUUGGGCUGCUGCUUUUUAGAGACGUGUAAUAAUUUUGGUCUUAGUGAGGUUUGAGGGAAUAUAGGUAGAUCAAGCCACGGUCCAAAGUGGAGGGCCCUAUUUUAAGCCCGUCACCCACUCAGACAAAGUCUUGGUAAAUGUGGUCUUUACUCAGGGUUCUUAUUGAUUUUUCCGAAUGCUCCCUGGUCACCAGAUGUUUCUGUUCUGCUCUCAUUGUGAGGAUAUGAGCUAGUCACACUGUGUCACAGGCAAGGCAGCCAAUUUAGGGCUUUGCUGCUUCACACAGUAGCACAAAGUCUGUCACUGAUGUCUCCUGACUCAUAUUUUGUAGAUGCUUUAUUAUUAUUUUCAUUCAUUCAUUCAUUCAUUCAUUCAUUCAUUCAUUUAUUGUUCGUAUCAUAAUGCAGAUCCAGCUUUGAAAUUAGGAUCUGCAAAGAUCUGGUCAUUGCUUCAACCGGUAGCAGGAAGACGUGCCUCAAUUAUAACGUCUCAGUAUUUCUUUUAUCAAUAUUAUUACAUUUCACAUUGGGUUUUUUUGAUGAAAGAAAUAGCUCCAUCCAAAUUGACAUGUUUUCUGCAUUUUAAAAGUCUCCUUUUCAUUAAUGCUGAUUUGUUUAUUCCUUCGAAGUGUUAAACUUCCUGUUUAAGAAAAAAAAAAAGUUCUCACAACUCAUCUCAGUUUUUGAGCUGUAAUUAGUUCAGUUGAAACACUUUUAUAUUUGCCACUUCGUGAUUUACAAAUAAUGAAAAACUGUUUAGCAUAUUAAAUUGUCCAUAUGCUGCUAUUGUUACUAUUAGCACUUGUCUAAAUAUGUUUGUUUACAUGUUUUAAGUGGGAAUACGCAGGUUUGUUUGUGAGCGGCCCGUGUGUGUUUGUGUUUGUGUGUGUGUGUGACGGAAGCCGGCCCAUCUGUUAUUGCAGCCUGUAAUCCUGCCUGACUUGACGCAUCACAGGUGGACAGACUCAUAGAUGCCGUCAACCUCACAGAAUAAAAGUAAAGGAGGAGCUCUUGCUCACGUUGCACCUGUUGGGGCAAACACAUAGUGUAGAGAUGUGGUUAUCCCUCUACAUCAGAUGCUUCAUCGAGUAACCUGUAAAGCAGAUUUCUAUGCUGCUGUACAUAUUUUAUUAGAUAAUAUAAGAAUUUCUAUGUUUAAAUUAAAGUCUUUAUGUCUCUUUAUGUGUUAGAAAAAAAAACAAGACCAGUUGUAAACUUCAGUAAUUGUCCGUUUUGUUAGUUGGGUAAGUAGAAAACAUUCCGAACAAAUUACAAAAUAAUGUCAUUUAGUUCAGUCCUGGAAUUUGUCCGGCUGCAGAUAACAUUACACGAAAGAUACAGGGAGGCACAAGUCAACACAGGCGUGUAAAUACGAGGACGUCAGCGGGAGCCAACAGCGUUCACACCAUUUUGUUUUUACAUCUGCGUUUUUCUCUGCCGCUUGCAUAACCAUGAGACAACUUCAGCGGCUUAGCAGCAGUUUAGACGUGCACUCGGGUUUGUUCGCACUUUCUUGGAGGAAAUUAUCUGGCAGUCGUCAUCUGUCAAACCGGAAAUAUUCUGCGCAGAGAUGUAAACGAGGUGUUUAUUUUGCCAAAUGCAUCUCAGUCAAAGUCCAUGCAGUUGGACUUUCUAUGGGGAGUUUAUAUGUAAAUGUGUAAAAAAAUAAAGCUGGCAGUAAGAAGCGCUAUUUACUAGAUGUGGAAGAGGCGAUUGUUGUGUAGGUGGAGUUCUCGUUGAUUCCCUCGUGUUGUGUCUACUCGUCAGAAGCAGCCACUGCUUUAUUGAAUAAUGAUUAGAUCUGUGUGCUCGGACUAAAUUCUCCCUGGAACGGAGUGUGGGGGCAGUGUGUGUGUGUGUGGUGAGAUAUUGAAUGUAGGUGCUAGGUUAAGUUGCUUUGUGUGUGAGAGUGCUUGCUGUAAACCCAGAAAGCGUUACAUAAACCAUCUCCUCGUCCGACUUCUGGAGGGGAAAAGUCUCCUCCCGGGGCGAGACGCCGCGCCUGUGUUCUCGGCUCUUCGUCGAUCCAGAUAAACUUGGCAUUUCCUGCGUUUGUCCGCGCCCACGACGCUGCCAGCGGUGUGAAAGCUGUCCGCGGCUCGUGACAGCGCCUCUGUUCGCCUGCUGCAAUGUUGGGUGACUGGCUGGGACGUUAUUCCCGUGGAUAAAGAGGCUAAGCUGUCGUUUUGGACAGAAGAUGGAGCUCCCUCCUGAUUUGUUCCUGGAAUCACCGCUGGUGCUGUCCCCGCCCACAGCAUCGUCGGUGCGAGCCGGCUCCGCCCCUCAGAAGCCUCAGCGGCGUCGGAGCAGCGGAAGCGGCGCCGCCGCCGGGCCUCGCCCGUUGCGCUCAGCCUCCAAGCCGGGCUCCGACGCGGGCAGCAUGGAGGUGGGCAUGCGCGUGGUGCGCGGCCUGGACUGGAAGUGGGGGAACCAGGACGACGGCGAGGGCCACGUAGGCACCGUGGUGGAGAUCGGGCGCCAGGGCAGCACCACCACCCCUGACAAGACCGUGGUGGUGCAGUGGGACAGCGGCACACGGACCAACUAUCGCACAGGCUACCAGGGCGCCUACGACCUGCUGCUCUACGACAACGCUCAAAUUGGGGUGCGCCACUCCAACAUCAUCUGCGACAGCUGCAAAAAGCACGGCAUCAUGGGAAUGCGAUGGAAGUGCAAGGUGUGCUUCGACUACGACCUGUGCACCCAGUGCUACAUGAACAACAAGCACGACCUGAGCCAUGCCUUCGAGCGCUACGAGACGGCGCAUUCGCAGCCAGUGAGCUUGGCACCGAGGCAGAACCUCCCGCGGAUCAUCCUCAAAGGAAUCUUCCAAGGGGUUAAAGUGGUUCGUGGACCUGACUGGGACUGGGGCAACCAAGAUGGCGGGGAGGGUAAGGUUGGGAAGGUAGUGGACAUUCGUGGCUGGGACACAGAGUCUGGCCGCAGCGUGGCUAGUGUCACCUGGACUAAUGGCACCACCAACGUCUACCGAAUGGGCCACAAAGGCAAGGUAGACCUCAAGUAUGUGUCGGACGGUCAAGGAGGAUUCUAUUACAAGGAUCACCUACCAAAGCUUGGAGAGCACGCGGAGCUGCAGCGCCAGGAGAGCGCUGACGGCCACUCCUUCCAGCAGGGCGACAAAGUCAAGUGUCUGUUGGAGGUGGACAUCCUGCGGCAGAUGCAGGAGGGCCAUGGAGGCUGGAACCCGAAAAUGGCAGAGUAUAUUUGCCGGAUUGGGACUGUUCAUAGGAUCACUGACCGAGGAGAUGUCAGAGUCCAGUACAGUAACAACAUUCGCUGGACUUUUCAUCCAGGGGCCCUCACCAAGGUGAACACUUUUGGAGUUGGCGAACUAGUUCGAGUACUGGAGGACAUAGAGAGUGUAAAGAGACUGCAAGCAGGCCAUGGGGAGUGGACAGACAGCAUGGCUCCUGUGCUCGGGCAGGUGGGGAAGGUGCUUAAAGUAUAUGCAGAUGGUGACCUCCGGGUGGCAUUUGGAGGUCAGACGUGGACGUUCAACCCCGCGUGCCUCUCAGCCCAGCCUGUGGAGGUAGAUGCCAACCUCAUGACGGCCGAGAACCCCAACGAAUCUGGAAGUACCGUCAUCUCGGUGCUGGAGAAGCUGCUGUCUCAGUCCACGGAGCAGGACAAUCCCAGCCGGCUAGUAAUCGAGGCAGCGCAUGGCAGUGCCAACAAAGUGCGGGAGCUGGUGCAGAAGUAUCCUGACAAGGUGGACAUUAAGAACCAGGGAAAGACUGCACUGCAGGUUGCAGCUCACCAAGGACACAUGGAGGUGGUGAAGGCCCUGCUGCAGGCCAACAGCUCUAUUGAUGUCAAGGAUGAAGAUGGGGACACAGCGUUGCACUAUACUGCGUUUGGUAAUCAGGCAGAAAUCGCCCGGCUGCUGUUGAGCAAGGGGGCAAAUAUUAACCUCCUGAACAACUCCAUGUGCACGGCGCUGCACAUCGCGGUCAAUAAGGGCUUCACUGACGUUGUGCGAGUGCUGACUGAACAUUCGGCUGACGUCAAUCUCCAGGAUUCAUACGGAGACACUCCUCUCCAUGACGCCAUUGCAAAAGAUUUUCGUACCAUCAUCGAGAUCUUAGUUGUGGUGCCCAACAUUGAUUUCACUCAGCAGAACCACAGAGGCUUCAACCUUCUGCACCAUGCUGCUCUAAAAGGAAACAAACUGGCCACAGAGAAGAUCCUGGCCCGGGCCCGGCAGCUGGUGGACGUUAAGAAGGAGGACGGCUUCUCCGCGCUGCAUCUGGCCGCGCUCAACAACCACAGAGACGUUGCCGAGAUCCUCAUCAAGGAGGGACGCUGCGACUGCAACAUCCGCAACAACCGCAACCAGACGCCUCUGCAGCUCGCGGUGACGCAGGGCCACACGGACCUGGUGCAGCUGCUGGUGGCCGAGGGCGCCGACGUCAACAUGGAGGACGAGGACGGCGACACGGCCAUGCACGUGGCCCUGCUCCGCCCGCAGCUGGCCAACGUCAUGCUCAGCCCCGCGGUGGGAACCAGCAGCACCGAGGAGAGCAGCGACGGGUGUUCCUCCACGUCGCUCUACUGCAGGCUGAGCGCCUCAGGUCUUCUGGGAAAUACCGAGAUGAGUGUUGGUGCAGCGAUCGCCUGUUUCCUGGCGCAGGAAGGGGCUGACAUUAGCUACGCCAACCACAAGGGCAAGAGUCCUCUGGACCUGGUGUCGGACAGCGCCAUGCUGCAGCUCAUCAAGAGCUUCUCUGAGAAGCACAGGUUGCAGCGUCUGCAGGCCAUCACGUGUGGCCAGGGGCUGAGCAGCGCCAGCCUGCGGCGGGUCCACACCACGCCCAACACCAUGACCAACCUGGUGCUUCCCACGCCGCCGGGGCCCAGCGAAUGCCUCAUCUGCUCCGAGCUGGCGUUGCUGGUUUUGUUCUGUCCCUGUCAGCACAGUGUGGCUUGUGAAGAGUGCGCCCAUCGAAUGAAGAAAUGCAUAAAAUGCCAAGUCACAAUCACAAAGAAAAUUAGACAAGACCAAACAGAGGUGGACUGCAGCCCCGGCAAUGAGAACUCAGAGCAGCAUAACCUGCUGGAGCAGCUGCAGUCCCGCUACCGGCAGAUGGAGGAGCGCAUCACCUGCCCCAUCUGCAUCGACAACCACAUCAAGCUGGUCUUCCAGUGCGGCCACGCCUCCUGCAUCGACUGCAGCGCUGCGCUGAAGACCUGCCCCAUCUGCCGGCAGACCAUCCGCGAGCGGAUCCAGCUGUUUGUCUGAGCUUCUCUCCCCUCUCGGCUCUUAACGACCCAAAGAGGAUGUCGGAGGGGGCUGGAGAAGAGUGGGGGUGGAGGUGGGAGGGGACCGGACCUGUGUCUGCCUGUGCUUACAUGCUCAUCCUCUACCGUUACACUUUUUUGUUACAUUUCAAAACUCAUGGCUCCGACACAAUGGGAUAAAAGUCUCAAGGUGAAGUUUGUUUAGGAGGAAGAACAAGGUCCCUCACCUCCUCCUCUCCUCACGCCCACCCAGCCUCCGCCUCCUUCAAUCUGUCCUAUUUUGCUGCUUUUCGUGGAUGUCUGUUACCCAUCAUCCUCUCUGGCUGUCUGGCCUCUUUCUGUUUACAAGGCUGCACAGAAUCAGUCCCUGUCUUCUCACCCUUGAGCCUGUCCUGUGAAUUACCUUUGCGCUCAUUUGUAUCUCUUAAUAAUCAUGGUGUCUGCAGAGGUUGUUGGUAAAAGUGGUAAAAGGUUCUCCACAUAGUCCCCAACAACGCGCCUGUAUGCAAGGGGACAGACACACUAUAUAUGCAUGAGUAUAUGCAUAUUUUAAAGCUGAAAAUGACUUGUGGUGUCAAGGGUGUCGUUGUUACAUUUGUGGUUUUUACUUUUACUGGUAGGUUCAGAUUUUUAUUUAUGUGUGAAAGGUGGUAUUAUGUACUAAUAUUCUUUAUUUCGUUGUUUGCAAAAAAAAGAAAUUCACCCCAAGCCUAUGUCCUCUACUCAGGGUAUCAACAUAUUGAAAGCACUUGUGAUAUCCAUGAAAGGUUAAAGACCCCCUGCCCAACACAUCAGUGUCAUAAAGCUAGAGAUCAAGAGUAGAACAAGAAUUACUGAAAAGCCACUCAUUUCACUUUAUUAAUGCCGAAACUUACCUUCUCAUUAGUGCAAUGAAUGUUUGCAGACGGAAUUCUGCAAAAAAAACUGACAUUUUAUCCCCCAAAAAAUAGCUUAUAACAUGCCAGAAGCACCAGUCAGCUGUAAAUCUGUUUGAUUUAGGACUUCGGUUUGUGUCUGAAGGCUUCGGUCUGUCUGUCACCUGUGUGGUGUAGAGGAUACUGUGUUAUUUAACUACCACAUGUAUUGUAAAAUAGACUCAGAAGGGCAAAAACAUGACGUCGUCCUGUUGCAUCUGUAGUUUGUCGACCUACCCUGUCCAGUGAUUUCAUCAGAACCCCCCCCCCCCCCCCCCCUCUCCUGUGAAUGUCUCUGUGUUUGCUGUUUCUCGAAGGGCUUAUGAAUAAGAGUAAAAGUCGUAUCUGUUUCAGUCUCUGAUUUCAUUUACUCCAGUGAACUUCCAGAGACGGGAGAUUUUUCUUAGUUGUCUUCAUUAGCUCCCACGGUUUGGGAGCGCCAAUGUUAAAGAUGUACAUUUGAAUGUCUUUGGGGGGUGUAUCCUGUCUCACUCUGCCUUUUUUAUGUGUAAAAAAUAUAUAUAUAUAUAUAAAUAUAUAUGUUAGAUGAGAAAGAGAUGGAGACACUGACAUGUGUUUGCCACAAGGUUUACUUGGAGGAAAGAACUUUUACAUCCGUGCCAAAUCGCAUGAGGAUGUGCAUGGGCAUGCACAGCCAAGUAUCUAUCCAUUCUGUGGAAUCCCUCACAGGACGAGGGACCAGGAAGCUAACUAACGCUCAUUUUAAGCAUCGAUAUUUUGUUAAAUAGAAAACUGAAGUAUUAUCAGCACAUCCAGUGACAGCACUGACGUUGGCAUUGAAGCUAACGGCGUGAGCCUCCUAACUUUAGCUGUAGUGCUCGAAAACCUCCUCGUGCUCGCAAUUACAAACGAUGCUACUCUCACUUUCCAAGCGUCACUCGUCCCAUGUUGUUUGGAGCUUUUUACAAUUAUAUAUUUAUAUAUUGUGAGACAUUAUCAAUCAAGUGACAAGUUUCUUACUGAGAUUUAAACAUUUUAAAAGGAUUGUCCGCUUCGUGUUCUGAGUCGAUGGUUUUACAGGCAAAGGCAAUAAUGAGAAAACAGAGAAGAUUUUCAGGUUGCUGCCAGAAAGAGAAAGAACUUGUGUAUAAAACCACAAUUAAAGCAGCAAACGUUACUAUAGGUGUUUGUACAGUUAAGCUCUUGGAGUACUGAUGUUGGCCUUACUGUCCAUUCCUCCUCUGUUGAUGUUUUUUCAGUUGUAUUCUGUACAAAAAUAUUUUGCAAUAAAUGGAACUGUUUUCUAUUGA